CAAACUCGAGUCACUCUCCGUCUCUCGAGUCCACGCGUUUUGGCAGAAAUUAACAGAUACUUGUGUCCAUAAUAGGCUUGUCAUACACAGAUAUCACAAGAAUACGUCGAUAGUACACUCAUCGCAGCUAAGUGUCGAAGGGCUUUCCAUCGCCCCAGCGUAGGGUCCUGGUCUUUUCAUAACAUUCACAAUGUCUUCUCCUACUGAUGCAUCAAACCCUGCCGCUGCCGACACCACUAUGAGCAGUGAAGAAGGCGAGAUCGUGGAGAAGAUUGUAGCGCAGGGUACAAAGGUUGCUGAGAUCAAGAAAGCUAACCCAGAAUCCGAGGACAUCGCGGAUGAGGUGGCAAAGUUGCUCUCGCUUAAAAAUGAGUAUGAGAAGGUGACUGGCAAGCCAUACGCAGGUGGCGGUAGAGCCCGUAAACCAAAGGCUGCAAAGGCUACCAAGGCCGAGAAGCCGAAACCCGCAGCUGACAAAAAGGGUGCUACAAAGCUCGCACUAGCAUACAAAAAAUCCGAGAAUUUCCAAGAAUGGUAUUCGGAGGUCAUCAAGAAGGCCGAACUUAUAGAGCAUCACGAUGUUUCUGGAUGUUACGUGCUGCGCCCUAACAGUUUCCACGUAUGGGAAUGCAUAACAGGUAAUUU